AUGAAAUUAGUGAAUUUUUUGAAGAAAUUAAAGAAUGAACAAGUUACAGUUGAAUUAAAAAAUGGCCAAACUGUAUUUGGUACGAUAUCGCAAGUGACACCACAAAUGAAUGUAAUUUUAAAUAAUGUACAAUUAAAAGAUGGACCAUCUAGAAGGAGUGGGUAUGCAGUAAAUCAUGCUAGUACAUCCUCUGCAGCUUCGACCUUUUCAUUUCAUGUCAAAGAUAAUGCAGUAAACUUACAGUAUAUUAAUAUACGUGGAAACACAAUUAGACAGAUUAUUUUACCUGAUUCUCUAAAUAUAGAUACGAUAUUGGCAUCUAUGGACAAUAAAGAGUUGAAUCAAUUGAAAAAAGAAGGGAAAGUGAAUCAAGUAUCUACAGGUCAUAAACGUGGUAGAUAUAAUGAUAAUGAUACUGACAAUCUGGAUUCACAACAACCUAAUGCAAGGCAAAGACAAAGAAGGAUAGCACCAAUGAGAGCACAAAGAUCAUAA